AUGGUAAAUGGAAAUGUCUACCAAGUGGAAUACGAGGGCAUUCACCAAAUAUGUUUCACUUGUGGCAAAGCGGACCAUGAACAAAAGCAUUGUGCCAUUUGGAGGGAAAGAAAUGAGAAAGACCAGGAGAAACAAGGUGAGAAUACUAAAACUAGAGGACAACAACAACAAGGAGUUACAACAAGAGUAGACAUCAAUCCGGAAAAAGAAGCAGAAGCUGAACAAAGAAUUACAGAAAAAGGAAAAGCUAUAUUGGAAGUGGACAGCAACAACUUUGGACCUUGGAUGGUGGUCCAAAGGCAUAGAAAAACAAGAAAGGACACAGGAAAAGACGGAGCUGGCCCAAGCCAUACGGAUAAGGACAAAGAUAAAUACAAAGGAGGCAAAACCAGAUUUAGUGUGCUGGAAAUAGAAGAAACCAACCAAGUGGAAAAUAUGAAUGAAACAGUUGCGGAGAAUGAAAAUCUCAUCAAAAUUAACAAUGACAACCAAAAUAGGAGUAGCAGCGUCAGGAAAAUUGCCCAGAGAACCAACCAGAUCCAGAGAAGCAACACCAAAGCUACAAAUAACAACCAAAUGCACACACAACUCCAAACUAGGAAUAUUCCCACGGAAAAAAGAGACAACAACCAAAGCAAACAAAGCUAUAGCAACAGGGAAGAUCCAAACAAUUUGGUGCAAAAAUAUAAAGAGAACUGGACAACGAAGGAAGACGCCUCACCUGAUCUGGAUACUCCCAUCCACGGAGGGAUGGAAACACAAAAAGCAAACAUCCAAAAAGGGGAAGACAAGUCGCCUGACCCUGGAGAAAAAGAAUAUGUUAGCACAGAUCACAUGGAAACAGAAACGCAGAAAGAUUUAGAAAUCUAA